GAAGGUUUGAUAACCCUUGGCAACGAGAAGAUCAGGGACAUCGAGGAGGGCGGAUCGUUGUCUUGCACAGUGUACACAAGACAGUCUGUUGCGUAUGUGUGGACCAAAAACGGAAACAUACAAUUUAACCAGGCUUCUAGGGCAAUCACUCUGAAGCACACUGACUCUGGGAACUUGACCUGUACAGUUUACUCAAGUACUGGAACCAAACUUCUUGGAUCAGACUCAGUUAUCGUUACUGUUAUGUACCACCCCCUCAGCCUAACCACGAGAACAAUGUACGCCCAACGAGGAGACACAGUGAACCUGAGCAGGUCUGACAUAAGUCUCCCUCCACCACACGUCUACAGAUGGCGCCAGGCAGGGCUGGACUCCGAGUUCACUGAAUCCAACAAACCUCCUGUCAUACCAAACAUACAGCUCAAUCACACGGGGGACUAUAUCCUGGAUGUGACAAACAAAUUUCCCAGUGGACGUUCAGACUCUGGCAUGGAUCUUAUCAAACUGUAUGUUUCAUAUGCACCCUCCGUCAAAUGUGAAAGGGAGGUAUCAGUUGUAGUGGGUCAGUCUCUCAAUUUAGAGUGUGACGUUGAUGGCUUCCCAGAACCGCACACCCUGACAUGGUCGCACAUCACCGCCUACCAGAAAGAGGUGUCCAGCAUGACAGAGAAGUUCCGUAUUCCAGAAGCCUCCCAUUCAGAUGGCGGCCUCUACAAGUGCGAGGCCAGGAACAACAUCACUAACCGACGUGGAGACGUUGAGGUUGGCGUCGGGGCGUGCACCAUACGGGUCACCGUCCAUGACUACAGUGAAGCUUCGACAUUGCCAGUUGUAGCUACCAAGUCAUAUGACAAGGGAGGCAACUCUAUGACGACUGUUGUAUAUGUUGUUGGGAGUAUCCUUGUGCUGAUUGCUCUCUGCCUUGUCAUCGUUCUCGUGGUGCUGACACUGAAGCGUCUCCCGAUGAAAGGGAAUGGAACAGCGGAAAUGUAAGUAACUUCAUUUGUCGUCGUUAUCUUGUACAUGUACAUUGAUAAACA